UCCCCAGCCGGACGCCCCCGCCUCCAUUUCCCGCUCUCUCUUCAUCACACACACGGCCCCCACGAUCAUGGAUCCCGGCAGUGGCGGCGGCGGGAGCAGCUGCGGGAGCAGUAGCAGCGACUCGGCGCCCGACUGCUGGGACCAGGCGGACAUGGAAGCUCCCGGGCCUGGCCCUUGCGCCGGCGGCUCUGCGGCGGCGGCCGAGGCCCAGCGUGAGCACCUCAGCGCGGCCUUCAGCCGGCAACUCAACGUCAACGCCAAGCCUUUCGUGCCCAACGUCCACGCCGCCGAGUUCGUGCCGUCCUUCCUGCGCGGCUCGGCCCAGGCACCGAUACCCGCAGCCGGCGCCGCGGCCGACGACAACCACGGAGCGGGCAGCGGCGCCGGAGGCCCCUCGGCAGUACCUGUGGAAUCCUCUGAAGAGCAACAGUCAUUAUUGUGUGAAGGUUCAAAUUCAGCUGUUAGCAUGGAACUUUCAGAACCUGUUGUAGAAAAUGGAGAGACGGAAAUGUCCCCAGAAGAAUCGUGGGAGCUCAAAGAAGAAAUAAAUGAAGCAGAGCCAGGGGGUGGUUCCUCGGGGGAUGGAAGGCCACCUGAGGAAAAUGCCCAGGAAAUGAUGGAGGAGGAAGAGGAAAUACCAAAACCGAAAUCCAUGGCUGCACCGCCAGGGGCUCCUAAGAAAGAACAUGUAAAUGUAGUAUUCAUUGGACAUGUAGAUGCGGGCAAGUCAACUAUUGGAGGACAAAUAAUGUAUUUGACUGGAAUGGUUGACAAAAGGACCCUUGAAAAAUAUGAAAGAGAAGCCAAAGAAAAAAACAGAGAAACUUGGUACUUGUCUUGGGCCUUAGACACAAAUCAGGAAGAACGAGACAAGGGUAAGACAGUAGAAGUGGGUCGUGCCUAUUUUGAAACAGAAAAGAAGCAUUUCACAAUUCUGGAUGCCCCUGGCCAUAAGAGUUUUGUUCCAAAUAUGAUUGGUGGUGCCUCUCAAGCUGAUUUGGCUGUGCUGGUAAUCUCAGCCAGGAAAGGAGAGUUUGAAACUGGAUUUGAAAAGGGAGGACAAACCAGAGAACAUGCAAUGUUGGCAAAGACAGCAGGUGUAAAACACUUAAUUGUGCUUAUUAAUAAGAUGGAUGAUCCAACAGUAAAUUGGAGCAAUGAAAGAUAUGAAGAAUGUAAAGAGAAGCUAGUGCCAUUUUUGAAAAAGGUUGGCUUCAAUCCCAAAAAGGACAUUCAUUUUAUGCCCUGCUCAGGACUGACUGGAGCAAAUCUCAAAGAGCAAUCAGAUUUCUGUCCUUGGUACAUUGGAUUACCAUUUAUUCCAUAUCUGGAUAACUUGCCAAACUUCAAUAGAUCAGUUGAUGGACCAGUCAGGCUGCCAAUUGUGGAUAAGUACAAGGAUAUGGGCACUGUGGUCCUGGGAAAGCUGGAAUCAGGAUCUAUUUGUAAAGGCCAGCAGCUUGUGAUGAUGCCAAACAAGCACAACGUGGAAGUUCUUGGAAUACUUUCUGAUGAUGUAGAAACAGAUUCUGUAGCCCCAGGUGAAAACCUCAAAAUCAGGCUGAAAGGAAUUGAAGAAGAGGAAAUUCUUCCAGGAUUCAUACUCUGUGAUCCUAAUAAUCUCUGUCAUUCUGGACGCACAUUUGAUGCCCAGAUAGUGAUUAUAGAGUACAAAUCCAUCAUCUGUCCAGGAUAUAAUGCGGUGCUCCAUAUUCAUACCUGUAUUGAGGAGGUUGAAAUAAAAACCUUUAUCUGCUUGGUAGACAAAAAAUCAGGAGAAAAAAGUAAGACUCGACCUCGUUUUGUGAAACAGGAUCAAGUAUGCAUUGCUCGUUUAAAGACAGCAGGAACCAUCUGCCUUGAAACCUUUAAAGACUUCCCUCAGAUGGGUCGUUUUACUUUAAGAGAUGAGGGUAAGACCAUUGCAAUUGGAAAAGUUCUGAAACUGGUUCCAGAGAAAGACUAAGCAUUUUCUCGAUGACCCUGCACAAUACUGUGAGGAAAAUUGACUGCAAAAGCCUACUUCACACCUCCUUCUCUUAUUUUCUGCCCAUUUAUAAACCUCUCCCCAUAUUUUGCAAAAGAGAAAAUUCAUAACAAAAGUCCACAUUAUGUCAGCUUUCUCAUAUUGAGAGCUCUGCUAUGCCACUGUUGAUUUUUUUCCAAAGAUUCCUCCCCCUCCCCAUUCUCAAACUGCUUCUUUGGACAGAUUUGGCAAUAGCUUUGUAAGUGAUGUGGACAUAAUUGCCUAUAAUAAUGGAAACCAUUUUUAAAAUUUUUCAUUUCCCCCUUAGGCAUAAUUAGUCUUUUUUUCCCCAGGCAGAUCAUUCUGAGUGUGCGAGUGUGUGUGCACGUUACAGACAACUACCAUGUUAAUAAAAUAUUCAAUUUGAAACCCUUUUUGGUAUUUGAAUUGCUUUUGAAUAAUGUUUUUUAUCUGGAUGUAACAUUGUUGCAUUAGCUUUUUAACUUUCCCAAGUAACUGAAUACAUUUUAUUACUUGGGCUUUUCUAAACUUUCCCUACUCACUACUCUAAAUGAGGCAUUUACAAACAAGUUUAAGUUUGUACUAGAGGAAAGAAAUAGUUUGACCCCUUCUUUUGAUGGUUAAUCCAUACAGAUGUUAAAUACCUUUAUGCAGCUAUGACACUGCUUUACUAACUAGGUCUGUCAGUUAUUCUCUGCCAAUUUAUAUUUUAACAUGACUUGUUAAUAGCACAGUAGACUGUGUUUAAAAAAAAACAGAGCAUACUUUGUUUUUAAAUAAAGAAAAACUUAAUGAAAUUGUACCCCUACAGAAAAUUCCAUUAACUGGUUUUAAAUUAGUGGAAUUUACAUUAAGAAAGCAUGUUGAGACCUGGCAAAAAUGUCUUUUAGUAUUUAUAAGAGCUGCAUGUAUCUAGUAUGGAAACUGUACAAGUGCCAGUUAUACAAAUUACUUUGUAUCAGUAACUUUAAAGGUUGGAAGAUCUUUGCUAGUUAAAGCUGAUCUUAGUCCAGCAAUUCAGUGAACACAUAUGUAGAAUCAGCAGAACUGUAUAGACUAAAAUUAACAGUGAUAAAUAGAAUCAAGCACAGUAUAAGUUUUAUCUCAAUUAUUUGAAAUUGAGUUUUCUUUAUUAAGUAUAAAGUUGAAAUUCGCUAACUGUUAUUUGGAUGAACCACAGUGCAGCAUUGUGAUGGCUCUUAGAGUGAAGGUUGACUUUCUAUUACAACUAUGAUGACUCUGAAGUUUUUCAUGAAAAUAAAUGGGAAAUAAAAGAGACCAUUUCUGGGUUUAUCAGAAGCCUCCUUCAUGUUCAGUGAGUGUUGCCAUUUGUCAAAUACUUCGCCUCUUUUACAUGUGAUUAAUCUCUAAAUGAGACACUACUUUGUAACUGUAUUUAAUAACAUGUCCCCUUCCCUGUAACCUUGCUCCUCAGAAAACAAAAGCCUAGUCACCACUUCCAGUCACAAAACAUAAAACUUAAAUCUGACAGUGUCUUAACUGGAAUUCGCAUUCAUGAAAUGAAUGAGCCUACAUCUAACGGACAGGACAAAGUUUCUUCCUACAGCUUCUUAGAACUAUAUUUAUCACUAUUAAAUUGCAUGAAAUUUAAAUUUUAUGUCUGAAAUUUGCUGGGCUUUUAUUUUUCUGAGAAAUACAGAAGCUUUAGUCAGAACAUAAUCUUUUUGUACUUCCAUGUUGAUGAGUAAUAUUAGCAACUGCUUGGAUUUUUAUGAAUCUUUAAAAGUUCAUGAGCCACUGAAAUUAUUUCCAAAGAUAAUUUCCCUUUUCAAAUUGAACACAUUUUAAAAACACCAGUUCUGUUUGCUAUUAAAACAUACUUAGAAUAUUAUGUGCAUGUUGCCAAGACUUACUAAGUAAAACGACUUGGGCAGCAACCAUAAGGGCCUACCUCUGCAAAAAAACAGAUAAUAGAAAUACAAAUGUAAUUUUUAAAAAAAUUCAUUGGAUUCUUAACAUAGUUGCAAUAUUAAUUGAUACUAUACAUUUUAUGGGCUUUGAAAUUCAAGUAUUACCCACUUAAAGUUGGUCUGUUUUAAACUUGUGGUUAGACUGGCUAGUCAUUUGAAUAAGGAGAUAAAGUGUCUGAAAUGAAUCUGCAGUGUGUGCAGAUGUUUGUUGGAUCUUUAAAGAGCAAUACAAACUCCUAGUCUUUCAUUCUGUCUUCUGCAAGUGCAAACUGUUCAUAUGGUUGAUAAUGCAAAAAUAAGGCAGUUGGUUGCAUAUUACAGAUCUAAACAUUUUUUCUCUGUACUUAGCAUAGAUAUAUUAGAACCAUGAUUUUCUUUGCAUCUUUUUAUAUUAAUGAUCUUUGUACAACUUUCAUGUUAGAUUAUUUAUAGUAUUUUAAAUUAAUGGACUGAAUUUUAAGAGAUGUCAUUAAAACAAACAUCUAAGUAAUUGCCAUUUUAAACCCUUAUUUCUUACUGUGAAAGAAGGGAAAAUAUAUUUGUUUAUAAUUUGCAAAAAGAAUUUAUCCAGUGAAAAUCUUUGUAAAGCCAAACCAAGAGAUGAACGGAGUAUAUAUUGUCAUGAAAUGAACUGACAAAUAGUGUUCUUGAAUAAUUAAACCCAUGUAUAUUGUUUUGAAUUUAAAAUCUUGAAAUAUUUCAUAACCGAAUGUAAUAAAUUAGUAAACUGUAAAAGUAUAGGUUAGUCACUGUAAUGAGGUAAUUCAUACUUGUCUGUUAGUUAUGAGAACUAUAAGACCUGCUUUUAUGUGCAACUUUGAAAGUGAAUUGUUGAACAGUUACUGGAAUCCUCUCAGUUGAAGCACUGCAUAUAUUUUGAAUCAUACUUGCAACUAGGUGCAGUUUUGCAACCUAUGAGAAAAUUGAAUCUGUGGGCAAAAACUGCUCCUGUGAUGAACUUUUGGGGAAAAACAAACAAACAGCUAAUCUCCCCUGGAAAUCUUCAAGAACACUAGUAAUUUGAUCUUGGAUGAUUAUUACACGUGACAGCACUCUAGCACCUUUCCUUUUUGGCAUGGACUUGCUCAUGGACUGCUGCUUCGUGGAUAGCUUCAUUGCUUUGGGUAGAGACUUAUGGUAGUCAAGGGACAAAUAUGCAGUAUUUAUUACAGCUCUUAACAUCAGGCAACUUUCAACCUUUAAACCCUUUGUGAAAAUUCUGGUUACAACACUAUAGCUCUGAUUUUAGAAUGAUUAAAUGUUAUAUUCAGUGUUGGCCUACCUUAUUAGAAUAAACUUGUGCAAUUAAUCCUCUCACAGACAUAUAUGUAAGGUAGAUAGAUAGCAGUCAGCUGGAUUUGGAGGAUGAUUAUCUGUCUCCAAAUGCUGCAUUUAUUUCCUCCAACUAAUUUUUCAGUGAUUCUAACAGAUGCUAAUAUAUUCAUGAUCUUUUUUUUUUCUUUAGAGACCUUGACAUGGUAGCAACUUGUUAAAUAAGUGUAAUUAUGUAUGCACAACUAAAAAGACUUACUAGGUUUAAAUUUAGCAGUUUGUUUUAUUAGAUUUCACAGUAAGUGGAAUAGGAAGUGAAUUUUUUUCAGUAGUAAUUCAGUCAAUUCCAUUUGAACCAAUUUAUUGCCAGAAUUCAGAUAGAUUUGGUUCAACUUGGGAUGGUUUUGGCUCUAGGAUAUUCUUGAUUCUCAGUAUCCUAGAACUUAUUGAGUCUUCCUUUUAAUAAGUAUACUGUACUUCUCACAUACCUCUAAUCCUUUGCUUCCUUGAAACAGUAAUAUGCUAGCUGAAUUGUUUACUAAGGACUGUUAGACAAGGGCCUGGAGGUGUAGGAGUAGAGGUAAAACAUUUUAUGUUUCUCCAGUGUAAGAGAAAAGCAGAGAGGCACUCACUAGGUCUGAUUAGGCAGAAAACACAAAGAUUUCUUAAAGCAAACUCUGAAAUACCAGUUGUCUUUUCUGCCUUGUCACACAUGCCACCGUGCCCUUUAAAAUUUAACAUGGAAAAUUCAGGUUUGUGGACAGCACAGGUAAAUGACAUUUUGUGCUUCCUGAGGCUCCUCUGCCAGGCACAUUAGCUUAGUGCUUCAGAUGUCAGCCCAAGUCCUUGCUACCUCCUUUCCUGUUCCCCGGGGAAGAGUGUUUGUGAGGCGCUCCUCAGGUGACCGUCCUCGCCUCCAUUUCCCCCACAUGCAUUAGGUGAAACAGGCCGGAGCCUGCAAGGCCUACAUUUUAGAGACUCAAACACUGGGUUCUCAGAAAUGUACAAAUUAUUUAGUUUCUUCUGUUUAUUUAAAAGGAUACAUGGAUAUUUCUCAGGCCAGGGUUUAAUGACUAGUUUUUACCAGAUAGUUAAUACCUAGAUCUCAUUUUUUUUUUUUUUUAAAAGAGAGGAUUAAAGGGAACUUACUAAGUUUGUUGAGUCUUAAACCUAAUUCCAAAGUAUGGAAGAGUGCUCUAGGUAGGAAAGAUACCUUUUUCUUACAAUUUGUAGCUACCUACUGUGCCUGACUUGGUGCCUGUGUGAGGAUUAAGCCCUUAGUCCUGCUCUUGCAAUUAUUCAAAUGACUGAAGUUAAAAAAUUUUGCUUUUGUAAUAACAAUAAAAAUUGUCAUCUUCCCUUUUGA